AUGCAACUGUUGUUGCUUCUGCUCUUGCUCCAAGACCGUCACGGAUGGGAACAACAGACGGAUUCUCCCACGGCUACUUGCUAUGGAUUCCGUCUGGUUUGUCAGCAUGCUGCUGAUCACCUAUGGGAUUUGCUUCAUUUGGACCUUAAAACUGCGUUUCUUCAGGGGGAACACUACAAUUUGUCGCAACGAACGGUUGCUGUACAACUCCCCAACGACAUAGGUCUGCCUCCUUGGAUGGUUGGGCUCUGUAUGAGACCCGUCUAUGGCCUCAACGACGCUCCUAGGCGUUGGUGGAACCGACUUGACAAGUUCCUGAGAGCCAUAGGCCUAGAACCUACAAGGGCAGACAGGUGCACCUACGUGUGCUACCAAGGCACUGAAGGCAAAAAUGUGAAGAUCAACUCUUCCAAACUUGCCUCUCAUGACUCAUGCUUCUCCUCAGAGGAGGUAGAGUCAGAGACAGUGCCCCAGAACUCAUGCUUCUCCUCAGAGAAGGAAAAGGGACUUAAGGACAAAGGCUGGUUCCCUUUUCUAGGUGGUCAUGCGAAUGUUGCUCAUCGCGCCAAGGCUCUUCGCAGUACCUGGUGGGUUCUGGAGAGAGCCACUGACUUGAGGAUUGAGAAUAAACCGGUUUUCCUGGAGGAAGAAGCUGCGAUUGUGGUCUCUCUGUUCUUACCAGAGAAGAAGGCUUUUGCCACAGACCAGACUCCACAGCUGACUCCAGAGUUGGUAGAUGAGUUGCUUGAACACUUUGUUGACCCGGUUCAUGGCAGCAACAGCAAAGGUCGGUUGUCUGUUGGUUGUUUGAGUCUUCAUGUGGACGAUCUCAUCAUUACCGGUUCUCCUAAGUUCUUGGCUUGGUUCCUCGAGUCAAUCAAGAAGCGUUUUACAGUAGGGCACGAGGAUCGCAACGACCUCAUGUUCACAGGACAAAGGGUUAAAUGGAUCCUUGAUGAGAAAGGUAAUAAGAAGUACAUCUCCAUUGACCAGUCCUUGAAUGUUUCUGAACUUGAGGGGAUCGUGAUUCCAAAGAACUUGAAGGAUGAUGUAAAGUGUGACAAGGCCCUUCAUACUUCUUAUCGUUCACUCCUUGGCAGUAUCAAUUGGUUGCAGUCUCGAACUCAGUUUCAGGCUUGCUACAAGUUCUCUCGUUUAGCUUCGGCUAGCGCGUCACCUACCAUAGGAAACUGCAAGGAACUGAACAAGCUCUGUAGGUCAAUCAAGCAGGAGCCUGCGGACAUGAGAAUCUGGCCUCUUAAAAGUAAACCUAGAAUCCUAGGUAUCCCUGACGCUGCCUUUCGUAACAACUCGGAUAAAUCCUCCCAGCGUGCGAUGACCAUCUUCAUGGCCGAGGACCGGGUGAAGGGUAAGCGGGAUACUAGGGGAUCUCUGGUUUUCUUUGAGAGCACCAAAAUCAAACGUACUACUCUCAGUACUACCGUAGCAGAGUUGUACGCACUGAUGAAGUGCUUCGGCACUUGCCAGAUGCUCCGGGGUCUCUGGAAGGAUAUUACAGGGCUGGACGCUGAGAUACAUAUCCGGACUGAUGCUAACAACCUUGUUAGCGCAGCCUCCACGACACACAUUCCGGAGCAACAGGAGACCAUUCAUAUGAUUCAAAUGCUCCGGAAGGAGGCUUGCUCAGGUGCCAUCUCGGAUUUGUCUCACGUCCGUACUGAACGCUGUCUUUCAGAUUGUCUUACCAAACAGUCCGCUAACAUCCGCUAA